GUACAAACCACUGGAUAGUUCCACGUUAAGCAACACCUGAACUCGCGUAUGCGCACAGAAUCUGUACACGAUGGCAAGUGAAAACGAUCCCCUUCUCGACAUAAAAACAGCUUAUUACACCGGUAAUUUUCAACAGUGUAUUAAUGAAGCACAAAAGUUAAAGGUAUCUUCGGAUCUGGCAGUUGACAGAGACAUUUACAUGUACAGAUCUUAUAUUGGUCAGCGUAAAUAUGCUGUAGUCUUGGAUGAAAUCACUUCAGGAAGUCCUGACAAACUUCAAGCUGUUCGUCGAUUGGCCGACUAUUUAUCAGAUACAUCUAGGGGACCUCAAAUUGUUUCUGAACUUGACAAACUUAUGUCAACUGGAUCUAUAGACAUUGAAAAUGAUACAUUCCUAGUAUGUGCUGGUAGUAUUUACUACAACGAAAGAUGCUAUGAAUCUGCAUUAAAAUUAUUACACCAAUCUGACUCUUUAGAGAGUCUGUCAUUGAUGAUUCAAAUUCUCUUGAAAAUCGAUCGGGUUGAUCUGGCUAGGAAAGAAUGGAAAAAGAUGCAGCAUAUAGAGGAAGAUCAUAUUCUAACUCAAUUAAGUCUUGCUUGGGUUAAUCUAUCUAUGGGAGGGGAAAAGUUGCAGGAAGCCUAUUAUAUUUACCAAGAAAUGUGCGAUAAAUAUAUAUCAACGCCAUUACUUUUGAACGGUCAAGCUGCAUGCUACAUGCAACAGGGAAAAUACGAUGAUGCUGAUACGGUUCUCCAAGAAGCUUUAGACAAAGACAGCAACAAUCCUGAGACUCUUAUCAAUAUGACUGUUCUUUCUCAACAUUUAGGAAAAGCACCCGAAGUUAGCAAUCGUUACAUCUCGCAGUUAAAAGAUUCGCAUAGAAAGCAUCCUUUUGUACAAGACUAUUUGAAUAAGCAAAAUGAAUUCGAUAGAAUCGUUAUGAAUUAUGGACCAUCAGUAACUGCUUAA